AUGAAAAAAUACAUUCCAGAUAGUUUGUCUGAUAAAGUUAUCAGGCUCUACCGAAAAGACACAAACAAGUAUGUAAUACAUGAGACGACGAAUAAAACGUCAGGAACGAAUUGCCAUAAAGAGAGACAGGAGGUGCAUAACCACGAGCUGUGUGUACUUACAGAUGAGGGACUACAUACGGAAGAGUUGAUAACGCUAUUCAUGAUGCUACUGGAUGAAUGCAAAGAGCAAUAG